AUGCUUGGCGCUGGGCUGAUGUCAGGGUCGUUUGCCUACUUCGCUGGCGCCCCGUUAUGGCUGGUGAAGACCAGACUGCAGGCCCGGUCGCAAUUUCUCGCAGAUGGCUCUGAAAGCGCAGCUUCCGCCAAGAUCUACCCGGAACGGGUGGUUGAGUACUGGCGGGGGUGUGCGCCUCU